UCAGAUCACGUGGGCGUUGUUAUUGAGCCCUGCCUUUUUUGCAAAACUUAGCUCAAUGGCUUCUCCUGGACCAGCAGACAAUACAAAUGAACUGCAAAUUACUGAUCUUGCUGAGGUACUUCAACUACUCAGAAGACAUGGUUUUUCAGGAGACAGAUACCAUAAUCUUGGUCUUUAUCUUGGUCUAUCUGUUAAUACAAUAAGUGUCAUUGAAGCUGACCACAGAGGAGCUGGAAGGUGUCUUAGUGACUGUCUUACUAAAUGGCUAGAGAAAGCUGAUAAUGUACAGAAGAAAAGUGGUCCUACUAUCUAUUCAUUGGUAUCAGCAUUGAGGGAAUUAGGAGAGCAUGCUGUAGCUGAAGGAAUAGAUAUGGAGAGUGAGUUUUGUAGUGACUUGGUACUAACAAAUAAUUGUCUAUACUUAUUGAAUGAACAACUACAGAGAUAAUCAGCUAAACAUACUUUCUGCAUACUUAAUAAGGGGGUGGGACUGAAGGUUUUCAGCUGGAAACUCCAAGGUUUUACAUCAAAAGUCCAAAAAACA